AUGAUCGCCGUCCUCGCUUUAUUCUGUAUACUGCCUUACAUCCGUGCUGCGGAUCCUCCUCCUUGUAAUGAAAAAGUCAAUGUUAAGCCAAGUAUGAUGUCUAAAGGCGGCGUGCCCUUCCAAAAGCUGAUUGUCGACAGUUCUACUCCCAUUGAAAUUCGGUUUCCUGUGGACCACCAAGUAGAAAUUGAUGAAGUCAAGUGGACGCUGAAUAGUAAUCCCAUUGACGUAGACCAAGACGAAACCAAAUCUGCUGUUUAUUGGAAGCAUGAUGCGUCCGAUAUCGUACUCGUUAUUGGACAUCCAAAGCAAAUUUACAUCGGCAAUUGGCAGAUGGAGCUGACUACCAAAUCCGACCAAAAAACCACCAGUGCUUGCCAACUGCAAUCCCCGCCGAUGGUCCAACGCUUUAUAGAGUCGUUCCGUACUACCGAGGGCUACGAGAUGGUGGUUGUUUGCAAAAGCGGCAGUCUCCCGUACCCCAGCAGGGUCCAGUGGUACCGCGCGGAGGGCACUGGCGACUCUGUCAAUCUCGUUCCGAUCCCGAGCUCUAAUCAGACGCACAUUCCGGGUGACACGUUGGUCUUCAAAGAAGCCAAAAUGAGCGACUCUGGGGUCUACGUGUGCAACACCACUGUUGGAGUCAACGGACUCUUUGACUCGUCUGCGGUCGAGGUCAAAAUCAAGAGUAAGCUUCUCCGUUUGUCUCGCAUCGCUGUGUGUGUAUGUGUGUCGGGCGUGUAUGUUGUCGGGGCGUGUGCAACGAGGCAACGGUGUGUGUGUGUGUAG